UAAGUGUCACGGCGGGACAGGCGCACAAUCCAAUGACAAUUGUAUUCGGGCUAAACUACAGUCUAAGCUCUAUUCCGUCAGGUACGGGCAGGCUUGAUUGUCAAGACGUAGCUGUUGAACUGAACUCUCAGUCAGCACAGAUCCAUCACAAUGACACAGUCCCUGACAUAGCGUCAUACCAUGGCACAAUGUCUCUAUAUAAGGGGGUAAUUCCCUUGGGAGGAUUAGAGAGGACAAUUUUCUGUUCCAACAAGAAAGGGACAUUCUGAGGCACCCUAACCCACUAUCUUGAUCCUUCAUUUGGGGGGUCACUCUGGAAUCGUGACUCCAAUUCAAGCUUCGUUUCAUACCUCAAUCUGUUCAAUACCAUUUGGUUGAUCUAAGCUUACUUGAGCAUGUAACUGUUGGCUGCCCAACAGUAGCUCGAGGAGCUACGAACAGAUCUCGCGGCAGCG